AUGAAGAAAACAUAAGUUACAUAAAAAAGUGAAAAGAGCACUACUCAGAUUUAACCUGAAAGUAAAAGGAGUUCAAUAGUUAAUGUAGCAACAAAAAAGACUGAUCUUUAAAAUACAGCUAAUAAAACAGCAUCUGCAGAUAACUAAGUUAAAAAAGAUAGUCCUCCAAAUAGUUAAAUUCACACAGGAAGGUAAUUAAUUGAUUCACUGGUUAAUCAAUAACAAGAGGCACUAAAGCCAAUAGAAAUAGAAAAGUCAUUAACUGAAUUAUUAGGAAAGUUUUUACAUAUUUCUUGUUCUUAGCAUAAAAUUAGGGAAUAUGAUCACAUUUGUAUUAACAAAAAGUGUACUUUUAAAAAUGUGAUUUCAUGCUCUAAAUGUAUUUUGUAAGAUGAAAAGCAUGCUAUAGAAUGUAAAAACGAUUUCAAUUCUUUAGAAAAGUAUGUCCCAUUAAAGAUCGAUCAAAUAUCUGGUAAGCUAGAGCGCUAAAAAAUAGAAUAAAUACAACAGAAUGUAAACAAAGUUGAGAAAGAAGUUAAUUAAAAUGUUUAACAAAUGAGAGAUACAGUAGAAAAAGACUUAACUGAAAUUAUUGGAAGUGUAACAGCAUUAUGCGCUGAAUUAAAAGUUUCAUUAAAUAAAUAGAUUGACUAGUAUUAAAAUGAAUAAAAAUCAACUAUUUAAAGGUAUAAUAUUUCAAUAAAAAAGAAUUAUGACUAAAUAAUUAAAGAAGGAUAGAUAAUUGAAAAGGGUUUCAAAGAAAUUCUCACUAAUAAUUUUGAUUAUUCUAACUUUUAUUAAAUUAACGAGUUCAUGAAAAAGGUUCGUGAAAAGGAAAAUACUUUCUCUGCCUAACAGUUUAUUUAGGAAAUUAAUGAUAAUUUAGAAGAGUUCAAAUAUGACUUAAAGAAUAAUAAAUAUUAUAAAACUAGGCAAGUAAAAUAUAUAAAAGAUUCAAUAAACUCCCUCUUAUAAAAUGCAUUAAAGAAUUCUCAGUAACCUCCCUCAACAUCAAACAAAUUUAAAAAGUUGGCAACUGAAGGUAAAAAUGAGAUCAAUAAUAUUUAAUAAGAAUAUGAUGACGAAGAUAUUAUGCUAUUUGAUUUUACAAGACUAAAGCUUCAAGGUUAGCAUUUAAUUAACUACAAAAGAUAGUUGUAUGAGUAGUAAUGCUAAGACAAGUAAUAAUUAGAAAAUAAUAAAGACUCAGUUGUAGAAGAGUUUUUAGAUGAUGAUAAGUUUUAAGAAUGGUAUGAGAGUUAUGAUAAAAAAUCAAUCGUCAUGAAGGUCAAAAGUGAUUUUUAAGAUCCUAAAAUAGACUCUUCAAUGAUCAGCCUUCAAUAAAAAGCUUUACUUUAAACCGACCAUAAAUUAUCUAUCAACUCUAUUGCAACAAUAAAUCAUAAUACUUUUGCAACAUGUGGAAAUGAAUAAAAAGUUAAGAUUUGGGGUUUCACCUAAAAUUAUGUCAUUCACCAUAAAGCAACAAUUGAGCUAGGAGAUUUAGGAGUUUAAUUGGUAUAUAAUAAGCAAUAAAAUAGCUUAUAUGUUGCUACAUCCAGAGGAGUUAUUUAAGUUUACAAAUUUCCAUAAGAUGUGUCUUCUUCUGUUGAUUUAAAUCCUAAUUUAACUAAAGAAUAUGUUGGACAUACUAAAACAGUUAGAAAUAUUUCUUUCCUUCCAAAUUAGUAUAACUAACUGUUAAGCAUUUCAUAUGAUAAAACAAUAAAGCUUUGGAAUAUAAAUACAGAAGUUGAGCAAUAAAAUGCUUUAAUAGCAACCUUUGAUUUACCUUAAGAUGAAGAUUGUAAAUUCAUGGAGACAAACAGCUAGUAUACUAUAGUUGGUUGUGUUUCAGGAAAUAUUUUAAUCUAUCAAAAUGUUUUAGUUGAUUUGAAUUACCAAUAAACACUACAGUCUACUAUAAAAUCUAAAAAGAGUGAGCGAAGUGCUGCAUUUGGACCUCUUAUAAGGCGUUAGCCCAAAUAUCAGGUAACCGAACUCAAAUUUAUAGCUAAGCUAAAAUGCUCCAAAGAAAAAAUAUCAAGUAUUAUACUAGGCUCUAAAAAUCCUCACACUGCAAUUAUUGGAAGUGGUAAUGGAACCAUAACAGUUUUAGAUCUUUCUAAACUAAAUUCAAAACUGGAAGAUAAUUUAGAAAAUUAGAAUUAUUAAUUGUAGUUACAACAAUAGAAAUCAUAACCAACAGCUGCAAAUGAGGAAGAAGGUGAUAAAUUUAAAGAAAGCUUUAUUGAGAAGUAGUAAAUAAAUGCUGAGAUAUGCAUUACUUUUAAAUUUCGUCAUAUACAUAAGCAGAGAAUAAGCAGCUUAAAUCUUUUUGAAGAUAAUUUCCUUGUUGCCAUGAGCUGGGAUGGAAUAUGUAAUUUAUAUGAUAUUUCAAAAUAAAAAGUAAUUAGCUCAACCAAAUAUGUUCUUUAAAAUGAUGAAAAGAAGCACUCAGAUGGAUUUUCUGCUAAAGUGUCUGUAUUUGAUACAAAUAAGUAUCACAUCCUAGCUAUAGGAAAUAAUGAUAAAUAAGUUCAAAUAUUUUGUCUAUAAUUAUUUAAUCAAGAAUGA